AGCAGGGCCGAAGGAAGAAGAAGAGGGGGUAUUAAAAACACGCACAAACGCCCCACUUCCCCGCUUAAUGCCGCCGCCGGCUGAAAGGGGUCUCGCCUCGCCCGGAGGAAGGGAGCCCGGCGGCGAGGCGGCCUCUGUGGGGGAAGGUAGGGGGCCGCCAGGGCGGAGGCGCCUCGGAGUAGGUCGGCGGCUGUGAGGUGAAAGACGGAGGCUUGGCCCGGCGAGGGGGCUGGGGCUGCUCUGGUGGUUCGUUGAGUGUAAUGUCCAAAUUCAGAAAUGCCUUAUGUGGAUCGUCAAAAUCGUAUUUGUGGUUUUCUAGACAUUGAAGAAAAUGAAAAUAGUGGAAAGUUUUUGCGGAGAUACUUCAUAUUGGACACAAGAGAAGAUAAUUUGGUAUGGUACAUGGAUAAUCCACAGAACCUUCCCUCUGGAUCUCCGCCAGUUGGAGCCAUUAAACUUACCUACAUUUCAAAGGUUAGUGAUGCAACUAAACUGAGGCCAAAGGCAGAAUUCUGCUUUGUCAUGAAUGCAGGGAUGAGGAAAUACUUCCUACAAGCCAAUGAUCAGCAAGACUUAGUUGAAUGGGUGAAUGUCCUGAACAAAGCUACCAAAAUCACAGUACCAAAGCAAACUGAUUCACAGUCUCACACUGAUAAUUCAACACGUCACACUGAAAAUGUGGGGUUAAAGAAGCAGAUGUCUUACAGGACAGAGAUUGUUGGUGGUGUUCCUAUAAUAACCCCUACUCAGAAAGAAGAGGUAAAUGAAUGUGGUGAAGGUGAUAAAAACUACUUGAAACGGUCCCAAAGCCACCUUCCUUAUUUUUCUGCUAAGCACCCCCCAGAUAAUGCUGUGAUUAAAGCUGGCUACUGUGUUAAACAAGGAGCAGUGAUGAAGAACUGGAAAAGAAGGUAUUUCCAGCUGGAUGAAAACACGAUAGGAUACUUUAAAUCUGAACUGAUGGCGCAUGAAAAAAGGCAGAUGAAGGAUGUCAAAUUGUAUGGUUUCAGAAAAAGAAAGCAAUGUAAUUCAUCAUAUUACUCAAACUGCAAGCAAGCAAGCAAUGAUAAGGAGCCCCUUCGGAUUAUACCACUGAAAGAGGUUCAUAAGGUCCAGGAAUGUAAACAAAGUGAUAUAAUGAUGAGAGACAAUCUAUUUGAAAUUGUAACAACUUCUCGAACAUUUUAUGUACAGGCAGAUAGCCCAGAAGACAUGCACAGCUGGAUUAAAGCAAUUUCUGGUGCAAUAGUAGCACAGCGAGGACCUGGAAGAUCAGCAGCUUCUGAACAUUCCAACUGUUCUUCAGAAUCCGCCUGUCCUGCAAAAACAGCAGCAGCCACCUCACAUUCCACAACCACUCACAACCCCCCUUUGGUCCAAACCCUUAACACCAAGCCCCUUGUCUUGGAGAAGCGAAGACUUCACGAAUCUUUUACCAAGACCAAGCCAGGGAGCUUCAAGAUCCAGGCUGUCCCUUCAAGAGACCCAGCUUCCAAAGUGACUCUACAGGGCCUAAUGGAACCUCAAAAUAAAAAUGGCACUCAGGAACAGGAUCCUGGCCCAGUGGAUCUGGAUGAUGCAAGCCUUCCAGUCAGUGAUGUGUAAUAAUGGGAAGAGUUUGGAGAGUGAUGCAUUUGCUUUUGGUCCUUGAAUUUCCUUGCUCAGACUUUUAGCCAAAGAUGACUAUGGGAUGAAAGAACAAAGAAUGGAAUGUUGCUUAUAUGUGUGUGCUUACAUUCAAAUUUGUGUAUGUUUAAAUUGUCAUAUGCUGCCUUGUACUGAUUAUCAGAGCGGACCUUUUGCUUCUACCGCAGUCUGAUGAUAAAUCUUUUUAAAGUGAGGGGCCAAAACAAAUGAUUAAAUAUUACUGUUGUCAAUAAGCAAGAUACCAGCUGCUUUUCAUCACCCAUAUGGCAAAACUGAGUAGUAUCUUUGUGCUUUAAUAAAAGAAAUGUCAACAUGUGACUUACUUAUACUCUAAUUCAGGCUAUUGACAAGCAAGUUGACUUACUUUCUUAAAACACUGGCACAGCCUUUCAGAUAUUUUAAUAUAUGUAUGCAGAGUUGUUUCUUAUAGGAUCAACACUGUAGAAACUUACAGAAAUACGCAGAGCUUGAUAUAAUGUACUUUUCCUAUGCACAGAGUCUUCAUGUAAAAAACAACACUAUAAUUCUGCAGUGUCUGAAAUGAAGUGUAUUUUCCCUACCACGAUGAUACAGAUUUGGCAGCUGCUGCAUGAUCUGCAUUCUUAUGGCACAAAUACCACCUGCACUAUAUUUUAGACAUUGCAUACAAGUGUGUUAACUUACAUGAAAUGAGUGUCUCUAUGUGUGAGAAAAGCAUUCCUAAAGGUGAGGGGCACAGAGCACUUACACCGAUAAAGGUGUGCUGACUUUAUUGGAACAACUUCUUUGUAACUUCUCUGUGAAUCACUGCCCUUCUAUAGAAUUCAAUCCCCUUAGAAUUCCUGGUAUUUGGUGCUGUGAAACUAAUUAAAGAGUAAUACAGCUAUUUUGAAUAUUAAGCCUAUUUUUAUGCACUCCUAAAGGUAAAUUGUAAUUUUUGCACAUUUGGAUAUUAAUGGACCACCAAUAAAUAAGGGUGUCGUGGGGUUUUUUAAGUAAGGAGAAGGGAAACUGGACUACUAAAUAAAUCUUUUACAGGUUUAACUAAAAGUAUUUUAUAUUAAGCUUCGCAGAAAUUAAAAGUUUAAAACUAUUGUCUUAAGAUUUCCCCCCUCCUGUAUGCUCCUUUCCCCCCAGUGUGGUAUUAAAUGGUUCCCAUUUUAUAUUUGGGUUAGUAAAGUCUAAAAAACUUGUUUCAUGCUGUUAACUGGUACUGAGUUGUUCAAUCAUGCAAUUGUGGCCUGUAACUUUUGGUGCACUAAAUUUAUUAAAAGUGCCUGUGGGUUCUUCUUUCAUGAUGUGUUAAAUGUUUGGGGGUUAAUUGGAUGCUGAUUUUUGCUUUUGUGGUUUUGAACCUUAUUUUGUGUAGUGUAGUUCACAACAUGUACAAAAAAAGAUACGCUAGCAUUGCCAGCAUACUGGUAUCUAUUAGCUGUGCAUUGUGUUUUUUAAACUUUUCAGGGUUUCAGUGAUGAAAAUAAUGGGUUUAAGACACUGAUGUUGGAUAUUUUGAUCAGAAUGAGCAUGCACUAUUUUGUAGUUAGGUUGUGAAAUUAUUUGCUUUAAUCAACAAAAGCCCCAAAGUUUCACAUGAUGCUGCUUAAUGCAAUUCAGUUUCCAGUUUGUAGUACUCUAGUUUUUUUAAACCUUGUGUGUGUGUGAGAGAGAGAUGCUUGACAAAGCAUGAAGAAAAAGGGAAAAAGGUAUUUCAGACAUUUAAGUGAAAAUGUCCACUACUUCAGUGAACAUACAGUUGAGUUAUGCCCCAGCGGUGCAGAUAAGCAACCUGUUUGAAAUUAAGGGUUCUGGAGUGAAGUUGUGUGGGAUUCUACUUCAGCCAACAGGCAUGUUGCCUGCUCUCUUUCUUGCUUGCCAUUUAGUAAGAUGUGACAGAAGUGGAUUAUGCCCUAUGUGCCACCCCAAUUCAUUGUGGACUCUGGUUGUUUCCACGUACUCAAAAUUUGCUGCUGACUUUCAGUUGCCCCACCCGCAAGCCUCAUUGGAAGAAGAUAGCUGCUCAUGGCCCAGUAGAGUUUAUUUAGCUUCGCAGGCAAUAGCACCAGAUGACCUUUUUCAAAUACUAAAGACCAGGAGUCCCCAACCCGCGGCCCAUGGGCUGGAAGCGGCCCACCGAGGCCGUUUAACCAGCCCCCGAGCCCAGACGCCACUUCUGCGCAGGUGUGAUUUUGGGCAUCUGCAGAAGCGAUUUCCGGCAUCACGCUGCGCUAGCCCAGCCCAUGGAGGAUCUCCCUGGGAGUGAUCUGGCCCAUGCCCAGUAAGCCUUGCCGACCCCUGAACUAGACUGUAUAGACUGUCACAACAACCUGUUUAAAAGUACACCCCCCCAAAAGCCCUAGUCAGUGCCCUCAAAACGUGGCAGUGACAAAAUUCCCUAAAACCAGCACACUGUGGGUCAUGUAGUCUUUUCCAUUUUAAUUCAUUUCUUGUUCCAGAGAAAUUUUCUUUCAGUUCCAAGGUGACCUGCAAUUAUUGGCUUUCUUUGUGCAAUACAUAAAGAAAAUGCAAGUGGAGAGUAACACUUGCAGCCCUACUACAUAAGUAUUCACAUGGAAGCCCUACUUUCAGCUUGCCCAAGGUUCUUAAUGUCGUGGUCUGUACUAGUUUGCACCUUGAGACUUUAAACUUCUGCAACUUGCUCAUUCCAUCCUGUCAUCUGGUCUUCGGCAUAUAAUCUUUCUGCCUGCAGCUAAGUGGCCUCCAGCUUUACCGGUAAAUUAAUUUGCCUUAGAGAUGCCUUCCCCCACAAAACUUGAUUUAAGCCUAUAUGUCUAUGCAGUUCUUUGUGUGAUUCCCACCCCAUCCCACUGGAAUUUACAUGGGGGGGGCACAUUCUGCACUACAUACAGUAUCGCAUAGCAAGAGGUACAAGCAGUUACACCAUUGGUGCAGACAAUCUUGCAUUUUUCUGAUUCCAUUGUGUCUUCUCAUUUUUUGUUCCUUAUAUUUUUGUGUGAAUUUAUAUCAUUGCACACAUCCACCUAGAAUUUUGCCUGUCAGAAUCUAGUUACUUUGUGAUCAUGGUAAAUCCACUAGUUUAGGCUUCCUUUCAAGGUUACACUCCCCUUUCCACUUUUUCAGCACACUGAUUUUAUUUAUUGAAAGGUACAUAGGUGAAAUUGCAACAUGUUAAUAAAAACUCCCAAACUUUCAGUUUUGAGGGGAAAUCGCCUGUGUACAAAAGCUUGUAAACAUUAUUUGGAUUUGUUGAGACUAAAAGUUGAAAAGAGAAAAGAUUUGUUAGUACUGACAAAUGCCUACAGCUAUAGUAGUAGCAAUGCCAAACUGUGGUGGUCUUGUUUCUAAUGAGUAUAGCAGCACCUUUACAUUUAUUAACCAUAAGCUAAACACAAGCAGUGUUUGUAAAUUACAUUAUUUGCCUUUUCAGUUACAUGUGAACUGGUAAGUUGACUGUUAAGAUUAGUUUAGUAGCAUACAUUUUAACUUGUAACAAACUUAGCCAAUAGAUAUUUGAAACCUUAUUUUUCACAAAUAUGUACAUUGUGGGAGAAACUGAAUUGGAAUGUUUGUAUUGGCAUACUUUGUUGUAGUUUUAGAUUUCCUGGUUCUGGUACAGUUUUCACACUGCAUGUUCAUUUUAUUCUGUUUUGAUAUUGCCAAUUUUAGAUACUGAAUUUGAAAGGAAGCAGCACUCUUACUGGGAUUCUUUUAAAAUUUAACUGCUUAAGAUAGUUCAGUGCAGGAAAAUAUUGUGGUUGCUAAAUUGUUAGGGUCUCUUAUUUAUCAGUACCUUUUUUAUAAAGUGGAUGAAAAUUGUUAAAUUAUUUUAGAACCUGUGGUGUUUUCUGUAAAUGUCACACUUAUUAAUAAAUUGACUUCAGUACUGAAAUACAACAAUCCUAUCAGACUACUAUAUUUAGUGCACUUCAAAAGAAAAAGGUUAAUGGUGAGUGAAACUGUUUGCAUACUAUCUGUUGUUCUUCCUUGUUUAAUUCACAGAAAACUAAGUAACAAGUUUUUUAAAAAAUAAAGAAAAGCCGACCUGUGAAAACUUCA